UCUCGCCGCUCAGUGUCGUCUUGUUGGUUGUCGCGUUCGUGUGCGCGCACUGAGAAAAGCGGAACGCCAGCGUUGCACUAACCGUUGCAGUUUCUAUAUUCCUCUCGAGUCGCCGAUUUCAGAGCUGUUCGUACCGCUCGUGGAGUGCGUGCGUUUUAACCAAAACAACUACCAAAUCGCGUACAAGAUACCAAACCAAUACAACCGAGAGGCCCAAAAGGAAAACCCCAUGCUGUGGAGGGCAUUUUGCAUUUUGUUUACCUCGAUGGCUGUGUGGAGUGCAAUUUGACGAUUAUAUAAUAUAAAAUACAAAAUACAAAGAAUAGGGAAAACAAGUAACAGUGCGCGGCAUUCGAUUUUAAUUGCAAUCAACUACAAUAACCGCUGAAAUCUUUUGCAGUAAUAUGUUGCCUUCAAAUCAAUUGGGAAACCAACAACCAAAGUUAACGCAACGUUUCUAAAACUUAAAGUCUAAACACCAAACGAAAUAAUAGUUACAAAAUACACAAUAAUAUUUAAACCAAACCAAAAGUGGCCUGCAAAACGAAGCAACCAAAACAACCAAGAAAUGUGAUUCAAAGUGUGCAAUGUAACCAAAUUAUAAUUAGCAAGCUAAAUAAAACGAUAACCAAAGCAGGAGAAAAGCCGUGGAAAAUCAGCGGGAAAACCAAAGCCAGGCCAAAUGGAAAACAAGGAAUCCGGCAGCCAAUCGAACAGCCAACUAGCAGCCAUCGUGGCCAAUGAUUAAGGGAACACUUUGUUAGCCAACUCGUAGUAGCAGCAUCCCCCGUCCACACAUAAACCCCCAGUAACACAGCCACUCAGCCGCACAGAACCACUCGACCUCCCCUCGCAUCUCGAUGCCCGCACAGAAGGCGUUGGAGCAACAAUUAUAGAAUAGACAGCCAACCACAUCAGCUCCGCUCAGACCCAACUGCAAACUCCAAUCACCAGCUCCAGCUCCAACUCAAUCUCAAUCCCGAGCCAAAACCCCCAACAUGGACAUCAAGAUUGAACAGCAGCAGCAGCAACAGCAAGUGGAGCUGGGACCGUGUUCCCCCUCGGAGGUGCCCAAUGAUCCCGGAAAAAUGUUCAUUGGCGGCCUCAGUUGGCAGACAAGUCCAGAGAGCUUACGCGAUUACUUCGGACGUUACGGUGAUAUCUCAGAGGCUAUGGUCAUGAAGGAUCCCACGACGCGCAGAUCCAGAGGCUUCGGCUUUGUCACAUUCAGCGAUCCAAAUAGCGUUGAUAAGGUACUCACCCAAGGCACACACGAGCUGGAUGGCAAAAAGGUCGAUCCGAAAGUAGCUUUUCCGCGCCGUGCACAUCCCAAGAUGGUGACGAGAACGAAGAAAAUCUUUGUGGGCGGCCUCUCGGCGCCCACCACACUGGAGGAUGUCAAAAGUUACUUCGAACAGUUUGGUCCGAUCGAGGAUGCAAUGUUGAUGUUCGAUAAGCAGACCAAUCGGCACAGAGGUUUUGGCUUCGUUACAUUUCAAAGCGAAGAUGUGGUAGACAAAGUUUGCGAAAUUCAUUUCCACGAGAUAAACAACAAAAUGGUCGAGUGCAAGAAGGCGCAGCCGAAGGAAGUGAUGCUGCCGGCCAAUCUGGCCAAGACGCGGGCUGCCGGGCGUUCCGCAUACGAUAACAUCAUGUGGGGACUGGGGACAUUGCCCGAAGGUUUUCCGGCAGCUGCCUAUGCUGCCUAUGCCGCUGGUCGCGGAUACUCGGGCUAUCCCAGUUUUGGACUGCCCUAUCCAACUGUUGAUCUAACCAAUGGGCAGCUGACACCCAACAACAAUACACCGCUGCUGACCCAGGCGCUGUCAGUGAUGAACAACUAUCAGGCGGCUGCUGCGGCUGCCCACAGCUAUGGACCGUCGGCAUCGCCGCAUGCCGCCGCCGCCAACACGGCCACCCGGCAGGGAUUCCCCUCCACCAACUCACCUGGCCCCACCAUCGACAUGUACAGCUCGGCGGCCGCCGACAAUGUGGGCUAUGUGCAGGCCACCAGUCCGCAGCCGUCCGGCUUCCCCAUCGCCGUCAGCCGCGCCCCGUUGAACUACAGCCCGGGACCACUAAUUCCUGCGGCAUUUACAAAUGGAUACCAUUAAAAGGUGGCGCCGACAACCGCAAUGACAACAGCAACAACAACAGCAACAGCAGCAGCAGCAGCAACAACAGCAACAGGAGCAACAAAUGCAACAGCAACUUUAGCAACAAAUGACAGACACACACACACACACACUCAGACACAGAUACACACUGCAGUGCUGCAACCACAGAGCGCAAAAAAGAAGUAAUUUAAAGUUAUAUAUACCUGCAUAUAUAUAAAUAUAAAUCAAAUAAAGUACAUAUUACAUAUUUGUGUAUUUCCACAUGCAAGAAAAACAGAGACAACUGCAAGAGCAACAAACAAUAAACCAAACACACAUAUUAUAAUUAAUUAAUUAACGUAUAUUACAAAUACGUAUAUAUAAACGCAUGGGAAAAAACGUAAAAAAGCGAAAAAUGAACAAAAAAAAAAGUGAUGAGGACGAACUACGAGCGAACACAAACAACAAAAAUUAAUUUUAAUUUAACAACUACUACAACAACAACAAAAUCGGCAAGAACAACGCUUGGCCCCGAAAGAUGCAACGUGUGCAGCAAAAAUCGUUUAAAAUGCAAAUUAAACGGAAACUGUGCGUCCAACUGGAGUGGAGUGCCAUCGCGAUGGGGCGGUGGGUGGGGGCGUGGUCCUGCUCACACAGCGAAAAAAAAGGACUCCACCGCACCGAGCCGCCAACACGCCCCACGCCCACCGCCCACAGAUGACAACCAGGCCAAAAGGGGCGUAACCACUUUUAAGUAAUGAGAAACCAACAAACAAAAAAGCAAAAACCAAAAAAAAAAUAUAAAUCACAAAAAAGUACGUGGGGGUUACUAAUAAAACGACAGAGUUGAAAAACAGGAUAAAGCGAAAAUGUUGCAAUAAUAGCGAAAAUGUUAUUAUUUAAUUGCGUAUUAUUAAAGGAAAAUUAUUAUUACCAUUAUUAUUGCUAUUCUUAACGUAUCUAAGUUGUAACUUUUAAAGUUAAAGUCGAUAUAUAUAUAUAUAUAGUAUAUAUACCUAUAUAUACACAAGGAUAUACACUCUUAUACACAUAAAGUAAACUGCAAUAUAUACAAAGGGAAUUACUUGAAUCAAAAAACGCGAAACCAACCACAAGUUAUUGUACUUUCAACGAUAAUCGAUUUAAGAUGCGAAUUGGAGGUGUUCGAGUUUGAAAAUGUUAAGAAUCGGUUGGGUUUAGUUCUGAUUUCCGGACUGGGUUGGGGUAUGAAUCAAAUCAAAAUUGUGCUUACAAUUAUAUUUAUGAAUUUAUUUUAAAGUACAACAAAUCCUUUAUUGGCCAAAGUAAACAACAAAGAAACAAAAGCGAAUGUGAGCAAAAGUCGAAGGCAAUUUGUUAUUAACUAUGUUGAAGUUCUCUUUCUCAUUAUUUCAAUCGAGUCAGGGGAAGGUAGGGGAAAAAACCUAUAACUUUUGUGUUCACAUUGAAAGCAAAGUGGUAAAUAAUGCUAAUUAAUCAGUGGAUAGUUAGACAAAUAUGUUAAAGCAUUAAAUAUGACAAUGAAAGCGAAGUGAGAGAGUGAAAUUCCGUAGCUCGAGGCAUAAAUCAAUUUAUUUGCUAAACACAAUGGAGUAUCCAAAACAAUGAAAACGCAAAAAGCAAAAUGCAACACCCUAAAUAUUUAAGAAACACACCAUUUUUGAAAUACAAGAUACCAGAAAGCAGAUACAAGAUACAUACAUACACGCCACACACCCAAACACAAUACACGAACAUAACACAGAUCUUACCGAUAAAUCAAAAAGAAACACUUAAACAAAUUACUUGGUAAGAGCAUAUGCAAAUAUAACAAUGAACUAUUAUACAUACAACAUAUAGUACGAUUAAGUAAAUAAAAUAUUUAUAAAACAAACGCGCAAAAUUGCAAAUGUUUGAACACUUAACUAAAUAUAUCUGUAAACAAGCGUGUAAAAAGGAUCACAGAUGCGCCACAAAAGCGCUAGUGGAAAAUUGGAAAUGAAAACGAUGAUGAAAAUUGAAAUGAAUAUGAAAAUGUCGAUGACGAUGACGAUGAUGAUGAAUGCAGGCCACGCAAUGUGCAAUUAAUUUUUUUCUAGUCGCUCCGUCCGGCUAAAUCGCCCGGACGAUGAAUGUACUAGACAUAUUUGAGGAUUAUGACGAUAACGACGACGAUGCAAUCGGGGGCGUAAUAGAAAAAUAUAUUUAUAUACAACUAUAUGGAGUAUUAAAUUAUUGGAAAAGCAAACCAAACAAAACCUAUCAGCUAGAUAAGUAAACAACAUUUGUUACACACAGCAAGUGGGGGAUAAUUGCGAGCAACAAAAAACCAGAAAACCAAAAUAGCAGAGACAAGAAAAUAUUCUAUAAUUGACAGAACAACAAUACAUACGUUGCGCUUUUUGUCUGUCUCAGAUUUUUUGCAUUAGGCGACGAAAAAACAAAAACCCACUCACACACACACAACUGAAUCAAAAGCCAAGAGACAGCAAACAGCAAGCAGAGAAAAGCCAGUGGAAAAACAAAAGCAAAUGCCGAAACAGUGAAAAUGUUCCUUUCAUAACUUUUUUGCCAAAUUGUCAAACCAACGCUCUCCAGGACUUUUGUCGAGUCCUCGGACCAACAAACUUACACAUUACCUAUAUAGUAUGUUAGAUGGAAUCGCGGAAACAGAAACCGAAUCCGAACAGCAAACAUAUGCGAUAAUUGAAGAGGGACAGCAAAUAGUUGCAGUGUAACAUAAACAACAUUAAACGUUUAAAGUGUUGACUAUACCCCACACGCCGAUCAUUUAUGAUUUUCCAAAGAUCGUGGCUUGCGACUUUGCCAUGUGCAUCACACUUACAUAUAAAUAAUCAAAAAACCAAACAAAUUAAGGAAGCUAAGGAAGUGGGAAAUCUUCAAUUUUAGAUAGACAAAGUUCAGACCAUUCGACGGUCUGACAUAUCGGGACUUUGGACGGAAGAAGAUUACUUUAGCAGGUCACAGGUCAUGGGAGGCGAAUUCCAAAUGCAGCUUCUAUCCUGCGGGGCAGAUAUUUUUAAACGGGGGUGGCUGGCGGAGGGCAGCGACGGCAAACAUGUUAUAUUUGCAUAAUAUAUAUAUAUAUAUAUAUAUUAAACCUACUUCUAAGGCAUAUAUAAAUAUAUAUAAAUAAAUAUAUUUUUAAGACAUGUUCUAAAAGCAAUAAUUCAAAACAACAACAAGCGCGGCAGAGGCAGACGUAAAUUGAACAAAUCCCCAAAAGGAAUACAUAAAAUAUACACCAAUAUAUAAAUAUACAUUAAAUAUAUACACCUACACCUAAUUAUAUAUAUAUACAUGCAUACCAGAUAUAUAUAUAUCUAUAUAUGUAUGUAUUCAAGAAGCGACUAGCUGCAACACCAGGCCGACCAUCGACUAUCUUAGUCAGAGUCUGAGGAAAUCAUUUCGCUGGCAGCUAAGCCUGUAUUGCUACACUUCUUUAACUAGAGCCCCAUGAUCCACGAUCAUUGGGCCGGCAAUCGUUUGUACUCGUAUUAUUUGUGGUGUAGGUAGACGCAGGACGAAGGACCUCGAGACGGACUCGGGAUCCCCAAAUCCCUUUUCGUUGUAUGUCGAUGCAGCUUUAGGUGUAAUUUUGAGUCUUUCCUAGAAGUUUCCCCAGCAUUCCCAGCUAUCGAUCGACUCUAGGCUUUCCGUUUGUGUUUUGUAGUGCUGUAUAUUCUAUUAAGGAUUUUCUGCGGAAGCUAUAGCCGAUCACAGACAUAUAUAGUAACUAUUGGUAUACCGGAUAAACUUCUGCUUAAAGAAUACCGAAACAACAACCAAUGCGUCCUUGUAACAAAAUCAAUUUCAGUCAAUUAGAGAAUUUCCAACACCAAACAGCACAGAGACAUAAAGACAACAACAAGCAACAAGAACAUUUUUUAAAUACCAAAAAAAAAGAACAAAAAGCGAACAAGUGAAGACAAAAACAAAGCAAAAACAAACAUUUUUUCAUUAUUUUUUUACUGAUGCGCCGUCGGAGCGAAGAAAAUAUAGGUUGAGAUCGCGGCAGAGGACGGCGCAGGCGCAAAAGCUUUAAAUUGAACAAAAUAUUAAUAACACGAACAAGGAAAAAAAAAACAAUUUAUAGGAUUCGACAUGUGAGGUCUCUUUUUUAUAUCGAGAACGGAGAAGUGUGUGUAUAAAAAGUAUGCCAUAACGAUUUUUUAAAAAUAAUGUACCCCAUACUUUAAGCUAUACGCAACUUUCGGUCAAAAAGUCAAUUGGUGGUCGAAGCCGGGUGGUAGAAAGCCAAAAGUUGAAAAUAAACACGUGGCACAAAAAAGACAUAAAGUGUAAUGUAAAAUAGUUUUAAAUUGGCGAAACACCAGAAGACGAUGAUGAGGAUUGGGUGUAGGCGGAGUUACGUAGAUACAUAUACGAAUUGCUUUCCGUUUUUCUCUUAUUAUUGACUUACAAACAUAUCAGUUCUUAUUAUGUGUAUGAGUAUAGCAACAACAUCAACAAAUACGAUUAAAAUUACUAUAAAGAUUACGAUAAUGAAAUACAAUUUAACUAAUAUCUAGCGCUAACGAACGAAUGUACUUUCUGUUUACCAAAACCAAGAACAACCACACAGAUGAGUUAGGCAUGCCGCCAACUUGGCCUUUUUGAGAAGCGCAGAGAGCGGCGCAAAGGGGCGCAUUUCCGAACGAUUUACGACUUGUGGGCCUUCUACACUUUGACGUGCUUUUAUACGAUAGCAAUCCUUUUACUCACACGAGACAUUUCUAUCCUCGGUUCUUUUUUAUAGACAUGUGUACAUACACCCCACAGCACCCACAUAAUGGACACACACACCCAUACAACCAUACACCCACACUCAGCCACAGACAAAGACACAGUCACAGACACUGGCACACGCAUAUAUACGAUGGAGAUCACAUACAAAAGAACCUUCAUACGAACGAUCACUUGACUAUUUUUGCUAUAAGUAAGAAAUUCCCCCCAGGAAUGUGUCAGUUGGAAGUGGCAGAACUCCUGCUGACAAAACACCUUUACUAUAUUGACAAUAUCUCUUAUAUAUUUUACACUAUACUAUAUGGAAAAUUAUAUAUUAAUAUAUACAAGAAAAUGAGGAAAACCAAAAACAAAUAAUACAUAAUUGAGGCAAGACAAACGGCGUGAGUGGCGUUAAAAUUGUAUUUACAAGAAAUGCGUAACCAAGCAAGAUGAAAUCAUUUUAAUACUUUAUACACAUAAAAGUCAAAGGAAUCUUUAGAGAGGAAAACAGGCGGCAGAUGAAUAUGCAACUACAAGACAGACAACAAGACGAUGAAGAUACAUUUAUAAAAUGCGCCAUAGCAGGGCGUCCAGUUUGUAAGUAUUCUAACUAUGUAAGUAAAGUAAUUAGGGAGCGCAGAACGAGAAUCAAUUAAAAAUACAUACUACUGUCUACGAAGCCGCAGAGCCAAAAACUCUGGCCACUUUCAGUGCGAAUACUGUAACAACACAAAUGAAACCAGAUGGAAUGAAUGCCGGAUGCUGGAUGCGAUGUAUUCGCAUGAUUCAAAAUCGGACACAUUGGGUAUGAUGAUGAAUGUUGGAUGAGAGUUGCGAGUUGCGAAAUGGCCAAUGUGUGUACAUAAGCAUAAACAUAAUAUAAACUGGUACAGUACUACACUUACAGCAAACUAUACAAGGUAACAACAUAAUAAUUAAACGCCAGGAAGCGCAACAAAGCGACAAAGGGGAAGACACAUACACAUAAAUAGAGGCAUAACGAGAAUUUAAUAAACCAUUUUUCAUUUCUAUAAAGAAAUCCGGUAACGAAUUUGUAUAUUUACUACGAGAGAAUGCGUAAGAACGAGUCAAGAAAUAAGAAAAUCCGAGAUAUAUACAAAAAGAUAUAUGUUAAACGGAGGACAAAUCCCAAAAAGACCGAAGAAUCCUUCUGAGGACAGCAAAUAAGCCCGUAUAUAUGAGAAAAUAAAACCCAAAUUGAUAUAUACAUAUAUAUACAUAGUUAUAUAACCAAGAACAACAAAUAAACAUAUAGUUAAAUUCAAUAAUGUUAAGCAUUCGAUGAGCAAACAGACAGGCAGUCACGCAUAUUGGUGGUUACAAAAAAAUUCAAUUAUAUUUAAGGACCCUCGAACCGAAAGAACAUAAUGAAACUAUGCGGCCACCAACAGCAUCAGCAACAAAACCAUCAACAACGGCAACAUCCUUAACAACAAACGCAAGUGCAACAUUUAUUAACGGACGACAAAAGGGCAAAUUGUUGCUCUUUUACACACACGAAAUUACAUAAGUUUUUAAGAGAGACACACACACACACCUCACCCAUACACACCCACAUCCACUCACACAGUCAGCCCGCAAUAUGUAUAUGCAACAAAAGUGCGAACAGCUUUAGCAGCAAAUUAAAACUCACUUUGUUCACCAUGUGCCACGUACAGGGGAGGAUAGACGAGGUUCUUGGGGAAGUGGAUAGCUAUCCCACUAUACCCUCGAUCGGGUUAAGAUCGGCAGUGAAAUAGGCAGAAUCAGCAGCAAGAACAGAGAUCAGCAACCGCAUAUUAAACCAAAAUGAACAAAAAACGGAGAAAAACAAACAAAACA